CGCGAGCGCGUCCAUCACCUUCCUCCGGUCAUCAUCUCACCCUCGCCGCCCACCUUCACCCCCUCAUUAUCGCCAUCCUCCGCCCGUGCCUCCGUCGCGCGGUCGCUGAGCGUGAACAUCGGCAUGCGUCGGUCCUGAGUGUCACCCCCGGUGUGCGCGCCCGUCCCCUCAAAACGAGCAGGCCAGGAUGCUGCGGGCGGCGACGAUCCUGCUCCUGUCCGGCGUCGCGGCGGCGGCCGCCGCCGCGCAUUCCUCCACCCCGAACGGCGGCGACCCCCUCGCUCAUCACGGCCGCUGCGAGCCCAUCACCAUCAACCUGUGCAUGAACAUCCCGUACAACGAGACGAUCAUGCCGAACCUGAUGAAUCAUCAGAAGCAGGAGGACGCCGGCCAGGAGGUGCACCAGUACAUGCCGCUGGUGAAGAUGAAGUGCAGCCCGGAUCUGCGCUUCUUCCUGUGCACCGUGUACGCCCCGGUCUGCACCAUCAUCGAGAAGGCGAUACCGCCGUGCCGGUCGCUCUGCGAGAGCGCGCGCUCCGGCUGCGAGAGCCUGAUGAACAGCUUCGGCUUCGCCUGGCCGGAGGCCCUCGACUGCUCCAAGAUGCCGGAGAACGACGGCACGGAGCUCUGCGUCGGCACCAACGAGACCACCGCGCCCCAGGAACCCGCCGUCCCCGUCUAUCCACCGCCCCGCAUGCCGGUGGCGGAGUUCCAGCCGACCUGGAACGAGGGGUUCAAGCCCUACGGCGGCAACGGCUUCGCCAUGGGCGCCAGGGACUUCGGCUUCGUCUGCCCGGUCCAGUUCAAGGCUCCCCCGGGGCUGGGCUACUCGCUUAAGGUCGGCGACAAGGUGGAGCCGAAUUGCGGCGCGCCCUGCGACGGCAUGUUCUUCACCGAGCGCCAGAGAAAGUUCGCCAGGGUGUGGGUCGGCACUUGGGCCGCCAUCUGCGCCGCUUCGUGCUUCUUCACGUUCCUGACGUUCCUCAUUGACACAGAUAGAUUUAGGUAUCCCGAGAGGCCUAUCAUUUUCCUGUCCGUAUGUUACCUGAUGGUGGCACUGGCUUACGUGAUCGGCUGGGCGGCAGGCAACUCCAUAUCGUGCAGGGAUCCGUUCCCGUCGCCGGCGAACGCGCCAGUACAGAUGGCCUCUACGAUCACUCAGGGCACCAAGCACGAAUUGUGCACCGUGCUCUUCAUGAUUCUCUAUUUCUUCGGCAUGGCGUCGAGCAUCUGGUGGGUCAUCCUCACCCUCACGUGGUUCCUGGCGGCCGGAUUAAAGUGGGGCCACGAGGCGAUUGAGACCAACUCGCAGUACUUCCAUCUGGCCGCCUGGGCCGCGCCGGCUGUGAAGACCGUCACUAUCCUGGCGAUGGGAAAAGUGGAAGGUGAUAUACUGUCCGGGGUCUGCUACGUUGGUCUUUGGAACGUGGAGGCUCUCCGGGGCUUCGUGCUGGCACCGCUGUGCGUUUAUCUCUUGCUGGGCACUGUGUUCCUACUGGCAGGCUUCGUCUCGCUCUUCCGCAUCCGGACGGUGAUGAAGCACGACGGCACGAAGACUGACAAGCUCGAGAAACUCAUGAUUCGCAUCGGCAUCUUUUCCGUGCUCUACAUCGUACCUGCCCUGGUCGUGAUCGCCUGCCUCUUCUACGAGCAGGCGUACUUCGACCAAUGGAUGCUCACGUGGAACAUGGAGAUGUGCUCGCGGCCGAGUCUGCAGUUGCUCUACUCGCUGCCGUGCCCUAUCGGCACCCGCGAUCUUGGCCGUAGACCCGACUUCGAGAUCUUCAUGAUCAAGUACCUCAUGGCGAUGAUCGUCGGCAUUACCAGCAGCUUCUGGGUGUGGUCCAAGAAGACGCUUACCAGCUGGCAGCAGUUCUUCCAUCACAUACAAGGUCAUCGCACCGAGGCCUACGUUUAAGGCCGCGCAGCUACAUUUGUUUACGAAGAUCUACAUAUUAUUUUUUUUUCCUAAUAUUGGAAGACAUUAGAUGAGAACAGACCAACGUUCUCUUUCUCAAUAUUUUACGGUUACGUACGUUUCUUGAACCUCGUAGAUCUUUGUAACUUAAUGUGCAGUUAGGAAGGUAAGAUAAUUUUCCGACAAAGAAAACGCCUGCAAUACUCGUGACUUUCGUAAUGAUGCUAAAAUGUAUAGGUUCAUCAAGUGAAGCCUCUACAAUGGUCGCAGAGUUGCAACUGCGAUUAUUGUAGACGAAGCUUAAAACAGUCGCACGACGUCGCUAGCCAGGGAUUUCCGGGAGUUCUCGGUGUCCUAGUGUUUUGCAUGGUGCAAAAUACGCAAUUAAAACGUAUUUUUCAUUCAAAUUGGAUGGCAAUUAGCUUAUGAAAAUGUUAAUUUAUCGUGCGACAUCGGCACACAGCUACAUUUUUUACGACUUCUCGAAUUUAUUUAUACACAUUCAAUCAUUUCAUACUCAUUAUUCAUUGUUAUUUCGUCAUUUUACAUUCUAGUUUUUGAGAAUUUUCAAUUUAUGCCAAUCAAAUCAACCUGAGUCAGAGUUACAAUAGCUCUUCGCAUUAUGUUUAUUUCACGACUAAUUUAAGGUACGUUAAUAUUCGUCGCUCUCUGUGUGUGUGCCAAAUAAUUUUUUUAUCUCUCGCAUUUCUAUGUAAUGAACUAGGACUCUGUAAAGUGUCUGGACUGAAUGUUGAUGCGUUCGAAAGUACUAGUUAUUAGACGAUACACGUUCAUUUAUUAGCGUAAUCUCAUCUCUUUUUACGAACGACUCAAGUCCCUAUGUUUAAGUUGGAAAAUGCUCAAAUGCUAUAGCAGACAAAUCAAGUGUUCAAAGUUUUUAAAGCAGCUAGUCGGAUAUAAGGAUCCGAUAUAAUCUAAGAAUUAAGACUUUUAAUAGUAAAUUCCGUUGUGUAUACCAGCGCGUAUUGAUGCACGUUAAAGAUUCUGAUAUAACGACGUAUGCGUAGUAGACGAUCGGACGCACUGUGCGGCUCAAGCACAAAUUACCACGUUGCUUGCUAGAACGCAGCUUCGACACUUGCAUCAUGCUUUUACACUUAAUUAAAUAGAUUAUUAUAUAGUAAACUGUAAUUUAUCUAUCGGUGCGCGCUGAUACAUCCAACCGAAAUCAUUGUAAGGAUAAAAAAAAAUCUAAACAUCUUGACGAUUAUACCUUCACACACUGCCGAAUCUUCCCAUCGUAAUAUCACCGAUGGGGACUACAAGUACGUUACGCUUAAUUUUUACCAAGGCCCGUAUCCUGAAUCCUCUUUUAUCGAUAAAAGUGCCCGUAAAAGUGGCCAAUCGGAAGGCUUAUUAGCCACUUUUAGAGAUAAAACGCUUUUAUCGACAAGAGAGGGUUCAGAAUACGGGCCUGGGUAUUGAGGGACAUAAAAAAAGGAUCUGAUGAUACCCGAUGGUCGGCUGUACGUUUUUCUUUCGCGUCCUACACUUGUUAAGGAUUCAUUUUCUGCGCGACGAACGUAUCAUAAUUUAAACCGUAAUGUCGGGGAACACGUGAAUCUCAACGAGAUUAACUUGUAAGAUUUACUUAUAAGAAGUGUGCUACUUUAGGUCCGCACCAGAUUGUAUAUAAUUAUAUACACCUUUUUUUAUUCCUUAUUUUCCCUAUGUAUUAUAAUGUAUUUUUAAAGACUUCUGUACAUAUAUAUACACAUCGACGUGUUGUGCAUGGUCAAACUUUUAUGCGAACGAACCGCGAAUUCGUCCAGCUGAAAUUGCCGAGCUUUUGUCUACGAAAAUUCUGUGCUGCGAAUGCAAUAAACACCGCGAACGCGCGAUAUAUGUAUUAUGGCACGCGCGAGGCGUACGAGGGGCCCUCGUCGUACGCGAGAUACUAUGUAAAUUUUAUGAUAUCGCUAUAUUCUUUAUAUAAUAAACGAGAGGUGCAUAUGUGAA